UGGCGCGAUGAAGGGGAAUUUUUCUUUUGCUUCUGCUUAACUGGAAAGUACCGGGGUGUUCACAUGGUUUUCAUAAACCCACGUGGGAGAACGUCUGUCAGUGCUGCGUGGUCGGACGUCCUCUUUAGUAGCGUAAGCUAACUAACUCGAGCACCAUCGUAGACUGACUAAACUUACAUCCGGGGUCUCCUAGGCUGAUCAGACGUUGGGCAGGCGAGGCUGUUUUUUCAACGCUUAGCUUUACAGCUCGGUUUAUCGGUGUGUUUUGGUACUGCAACACUGACGUGAGGAAAUAUCUCCUAUUAAGCCAAACAUCUUUGUUUUGAAGAACAUCCUUUCAUUUCAUAAUUACAUUUAAUCUUCUGUCAUGGAUACCUAAACACCGACCUGAGGGAUGUCCAGCAGGGAGAAAGGCUUUAUUUGGCACAUCCAGGGAGUCAGUUAACAAUGAGUAGUAUUCACUUUAACAUUGGUAUUGUCAUUAUUAUAUCAUGCCUCAUUUAAAAAGAAGAUCUUGUCUGUAUGGCUAUGUUGUGUUUAUUAGUGAUCCUGGAUGAAUGCAGAUGUGUCAUAUGGAUAGUCAGACUUAAUUUACGUUAAUUCACGUUCUUUGUAGUGGGUCAGUUAUGUUUUCUCUGGCAGUUUCACACGUCAAGAUCUCAGUUACGUUUGCGUUCGUCCGGACUCUUGGUUAGGUGUCGUUCCAUCAGGCGUGAGUAUGUGAACAUCUGGAUUACUGGUUGAUUAGUUUGAUAUCUUGUGAUUUUUGGCCGCAAGUGAUGAUCUUUGAUCAUCUUUGUUUUUAUGUCAUCUUGAGUUCAGCCGUCUCAGUAAAGCCUUUCUCCCUGAAGGACAUCCCUCUUUUCUUGCUUACAAUGGAAAUUCUGCAAAACAGUCCUUUCCUAAGAGGUCUUUGCCGAAACAGUGCACCAGCAGACCUACAGUAUGAUAAUACAAGUGAACUAUAUCGUAUCUCUACCUUCGCAAAGUUCCCCUCCACGACUCCUGUGACAGAACGAAGCCUUGCCCGUGCUGGGUUUUAUUACACUGGUGUAGGUGAUCGUGUUCAGUGUUUCCGCUGCAACGUGACUGCUGAGAACUGGCAGUCAGGGGAAUGCCCAGCAGAGAGGCACAAACAGCUGUCUCCCAACUGCACCUUCAUCCAGAGCUUACCUUCCACAGCCAACCUCCUGUCAUCCUCCCAUUCUGCCUUUUCUCCUCUUCGCAAUGUGGCUGUCCUACAGAUCAAUGCUCCUGCCUCUACUGCAACCAGUACUUCAUCUGCAGCUGCUUCAACAUCAGGCCAGACAGAUGAGCAGGCUGGUUACCUCAACAUGGGUUUUAACAACCUUGCCCCCUCCAGUCCUCUCUCAUCUCGUGGCGUUGAGGAUAUGUCUCAUCAGCGUCCUCCUGCUUGCCACAAUCCAAGCAUGCGUCGAGAGCAAGAUCGUUUAGACACCUUCCAGAACUGGACCGUCGCAACAGUCACCCCUGCUGAACUUGCAAAGGCUGGUUUCUACUAUCUUGGCCAGGGAGACAGAGUGGCUUGCUUCAGUUGUGGAGGGCAGCUCAGCAAUUGGGAGCCUGGAGAUAGGGCAGUAUCUGAGCACCAGAGACACUACCCUAACUGCCGCUUUGUGAGAGGUGACCGAGCAGAUAACGUGUCCAUUGCCACAGGUAGUGGACUGGCUAAUGUUUCCAACCCAGCAAUGCAGCAGUGUGAUGAGAGGCUGCUUACAUUUGUUAACUGGCCUGCAAGAAUACCAGUUCGACCAGACCAGCUGGCCAAGGCUGGCUUUUACUAUGUUGGUCGUAAUGAUGACGUGAAGUGCUUUUGCUGUGAUGGAGGACUUAGAUGUUGGGAAUCGGGUGAUGAUCCAUGGGUGGAACAUGCUAAAUGGUUUCCAAGGUGUGAGUAUCUUUUGCAAGAGAAAGGACAAGAGUUUGUUCAUCAGAUUCAAGCAAGAUUUCCAAGAUUGUUUGAACAGCUAUUAACUAAUGGAGACAACAACUCAAGGGAAUUUGUUGAUCCACCUGUUGUACAUCUGGGUCCUGGAGAAGAGCGUUCAGAAGAUGCUGUAAUGAUGAACACACCUGUGGUGAAGUCAGCCUUAGAAAUGGGCUUUGAGCGGAGUUUAGUGAAACAGACUGUCCAGAGCAAAAUUCUCACCAGUGGAGAAAAUUAUAAAACUGUGCAGGAACUGGUGUCUGACCUGCUAAGUGCUGAGGAUGAGAAAAGAGAGGAGGAGCGAGAGCUUUUUGCAGAGGAAAUGGCUUCAGAUGGAUUUACUUUUCUGAAAAAGCAUCAUACUGCCUUGACUCAGCGGUUGAAAAGUGUUCAGAGUCUAAUGGAUCAUCUCCUUGAAGAGAAUGUUAUUUCACAGAAGGAGUAUGACACCAUACGCAACUGCACUUCAGUCAAGCAGCAGACAGGCCAGCUCAUCGAUUUGGUUUUGUCAAAAGGGAAUGCGGCAGCAGAGGUCUUCCGCAACUGGAUCAAAAAGAAUGACGUGUACCUCCUAAGAGAGCUAAUGGCCCAGACAAAUGAAGCUGCAUCACCGAGUCAAGAUCUUUCAGACCUUCCUAUGGAGGAACAGCUGAGGAGACUUCAGGAAGAACGCACAUGUAAAGUAUGCAUGGAUAAGGAGGUCAACAUUGUUUUCAUUCCCUGUGGGCACCUGGUGGUGUGUAAAGAAUGUGCUCCAUCUCUACGCAAGUGUCCCAUAUGUAGAGGCUUGGUAAAAGGCACUGUCCGCACCUUUCUGUCUUAAUGGUAAAUACUACACACAUGGAGUUUCCUUAAUUGACAUUUUUAGAAUGUCUUGUGUACUUUUUUUUUUUUUCCCCUUCAUUGUGGUAUGCAGAUUUGUUCCAAAGUAAGGUGAUUUAGUAGGAUAAUUUAACUGAACAGUUGAAAUGUUGCAAAAAAUCACAUGUUAUUAGGAAAUCGGCACAACUCUCAAGCUCAGUGCUUGACAAACACUGGAAAUUAAUAAAGUAUUAAAAUACAGAAUGUUGUUUGUAAAAUCAAAAUUUCAUUGUGAAGUCAAAAUACUAAAACAUUGCAAGUACGUAAGUUUUAGAAAAGGCAAAUAAAAGUUUUAUUAAAUGAUUAAAUUGUG